CACAUUAUAUAAAUAAUCAUCUUAAUACAAAGUAUGAAACCAUAUAAUAAAAUUGUAAUCCUAUUCGCGGCUUUCAAAACUCUCAUUUUCUUACUAAUUGACAUUCGCGGCUUCUCUUCUUCUCUCCAGUAUAAAUACUACUGCCGCACCCUUUUCUUUAGCUUAUCCUUUCUCACUUCAAUGUCCAUGGCGAAGAUUUGGUUAUUCCUUCUUAUUGCUGUUUUCGCCUCUGCUUCCGGCGGUCUCUCCCGGAGUUUGCCUCACAGGACUAAGACCUCGGUGCUCGAUGUGGCGGCUUCGAUUCAGAGGACUACGGAGAUUUUUGCAUUUGAGGUUAAGUCUCCGGUUGAAGAAGAGAAGUCCGUAUCGGAUUCGUCUUCUUUGGCUCUGCAGUUGAACUCGAGGAUUUCGAUUGUGAAAACCUCGCAUAGUGACUACAAAUCGCUUACAUUAUCCAGACUGAGCCGCGACUCCGCUCGUGUUAGAUCUUUGACUGCUAGGAUAGAUCUAGUCAUUCGAGGUACUACUGGAGCGGAUCUUCGAACUUUCGGGAAUGGCGGUGGUUCGCGAUUUAGGGCUGAGGAUUUCGAGAGUCCGAUUGUGUCAGGCGCCAGUCAGGGGAGUGGUGAGUAUUUUUCUCGAGUUGGAAUUGGUAGGCCGCCGAGUCCGGUUUAUAUGGUGCUUGAUACUGGCAGUGAUGUAAGUUGGGUUCAAUGUGCGCCUUGUGCCGAUUGUUACGAGCAAACUGAUCCGAUUUUUGAGCCGACUUCGUCUACUUCUUUUUCAUCUCUGUCCUGCGAAACAGAGCAAUGUAGAUCACUCGAUGUUUCGGAGUGCCGGAAUGGUACUUGUCUUUACGAGGUCUCUUAUGGCGACGGCUCUUCCACUGAUGGCGAUUUUGUUACUGAAACUGUCACUCUUGGCUCGACUUCUCUCAGUAAUAUUGCCCUAGGUUGCGGCCAUAACAAUGAAGGUUUGUUCGUCGGCGCCGCUGGCUUGCUCGGACUCGGCGGCGGCUCGCUUUCGUUUCCUUCUCAACUUAAUGCCUCGUCGUUCUCAUACUGUCUCGUGGACCGUGACUCAGAUUCGGCCUCGACUCUCGAUUUCAACUCACCGAUUCCUCCCGAUGCGGUAAUCGCGCCGCUACACCGGAACCCUAAUUUGGACACGUUCUUCUACCUCGGCGUGACGGGACUGAGCGUCGGAGGUGAGAUUCUUCCGAUUCCCGAGACAUCGUUCCAAAUGAGCCAAGACGGGAACGGCGGGAUUAUCAUCGACUCCGGCACCGCCGUGACGCGAUUGCAGACCACCGUUUACAACUUGCUGCGCGACGCCUUCGUGAAGAGCACGCCCUAUUUGCAGUCCGCACGUGGCGUGGCAUUGUUCGAUACUUGUUACGACUUGUCGUCGAAGUCGAGAGUCGAAGUGCCGACGGUGUCGUUUCACUUCACCAACGGGAAGGAACUGCCGUUGCCGGCCAAGAAUUACCUGAUACCGGUUGAUUCUGAAGGAACGUUUUGUUUCGCCUUCGCGCCUACGGAUUCGGCGUUGUCAAUCCUCGGGAACGCACAGCAGCAAGGGACACGUGUCAGUUUUGACCUUACUAAUUCGUUUGUCGGGUUCUCGCCCAACAAAUGCUGAUUAGUAUAUAAUUCUAUUUUCUUUUAUUAAUGAAAUUUUCGCCUUAACAAUUU